GUAAAUGGACUUGCUAUGCGAACCGCAUAAUAUUCCAGAAGCAGGAGCCAAGUGCAAGUAGACAGCUGCGGAUUGAACAGCUACAUAUAUCUAAAAAAUAAAGAUAAAAAUACCCUUAUACUGACCUGUUUCAGAUUUGGCGAUGCAUGCAGUAAAUGCCAAACGCCUUCUGCCACACCAGCCGUCGGUCGAGGCUGGAGAUCCUGUCCCAGAUGAUCUGGAUAGUCCAGCCAUAGAGGCGGCGGCCCUUGACAUUCCCCCACCCGAAACAGAAAGAGCCCUUCAAAAAGGCAUCUGGGAGCGACCAGCACAGACGGCCACUUCUUAUCAGGCACCUAAAGAUGGGAGCACCGUGCUCAGGUUCGAUAUCCUGCUGGCUCACAUUAUGCCUCCCGAUGGCGAGGACGUAAAGGUCAAACGUUAUGUCGUGUAUGAACUAACCGUCAGUCAAGACGGCGAGAUCCAAGAUACUCAGCCAACGAAGAUCGAACGCCGCUAUACGGACUUUCGGGAGCUUUAUUUGGCCCUUAAACGAUUGCAUCCGGCAGAAAUGGCUAAUAAAUACUUUCCGUCUAAAGUAUUGAUGGGAAACUUUAAAACGGAACUCAUUGGAGAACGGAGCGCUGCCUUUGAAGCCUUCCUCACAUAUGUAGCGAGUCAAGCAAACUUGAGAGAAUCUAAAGAGUUCUUACGUUUUUUGCAAAAUGACGAGUUAACUCGGGCAUGUCAAUUUUUGGAUGAACGACGAAAUGAGAAUGCCAUACCAAUACUGGAGAACUGUUUUCGGCUGUUGAACAAGAUUUACAUGAAUCGCUCGCGCCCUGUGCUUCUCAUACUCUGCCGUCUGGUCGCGGCUUGUACUUCAUCCCCAGUGCCACAUCAUUCUGCCGAGCGAUGGGCACUACUGGCGCUAAAUCGUUUUGAGACGUUAUGCGAUAUUGAUCUCCUACCGCUCUACAUACCCCUUUUACACACCUGCGCACACCUAUGGUGGCAACGCGGCCAAGACCAGAAACCCAUCACCGACCGACUAAACGACAUGUCCAAAAAAGGCAUAAACAUUGCCAACACGUCUACCCUGAUGCAGGCAAUUCACAAUAUUGACCCACGGACCGAAACAAUCUGAAUCUUCAUGUAUGCCUACAAGUUCAUAAAUUUGUUCUGCAGCUAGUAGCCAUGCGUAAAGUGCAAUUAGUAAACGUGUGAAACUAAUAUUAAGGGGAACGUAACAUUUAUACACCUUACAUUUUUUAAUUAGAAAUUUUUGUUUACAAUUACAGAUUUUAAAAUUCAUAGAAUAAAAAAGUAAAGAUAAAUCUAAAA